AUGGCUGCUGCUGCGGUUGAGGAAAUUCGCGCUUCGUCCUAUGUCGGUUUCGACUCUAUCACGCGCCAGAUCGAGCACAAGCUUUUGAAGCGUGGAUUCCAGUUCAAUGUCAUGGUAGUCGGCCAGACUGGACUAGGAAAGAGCACCUUGAUCAACACUAUUUUCGCGUCGCACUUGAUCGACUCCAAGGGCCGCUUUGACCACGACGAGCCCGUGCGUCAGACAACUGAGAUUCAGACGGUGUCUCAUGUCAUUGCCGAGAAUGGCGUUAAACUCAAGUUGAACAUCGUUGACACUCCCGGGUAUGGAGACCAGAUCAACAAUGAAAGCUGCUGGGACCCAAUUAUCAAGUACAUCAAGGACCAACACAGCGCGUACCUUCGCAAGGAACUUACCGCCAUGCGUGACCGCCACAUUCAAGACACGCGCAUCCACUGCUGCUUGUUCUUCCUUAACCCUACUGGCCAUCAACUUCGCCCUAUUGAUAUCAUUGUUAUGAAAAAACUCAGCGAAGUCGUCAACGUUGUACCGGUUAUUGCCAAAGCGGAUUCGCUUACGUUGGAGGAGCGCGAUGCAUUCAAGGUUAGGAUUAAGGAGGACCUCCAGUACCAUAGCAUCCGCCUCUACCCAAUCGACCACGAAGACAACGACGAAGAGGAGACUCUCUCAACGAGCGUAUCCGACAUCAUUCCAUUUGCCGUUGUUGGAUCUGAACGCAAUGUGAUUAUCGAGGGCAAGCCCGUUCGCGGCCGCAAGAACCGAUGGGGCGUCAUCAAUGUUGAGGACGAGCGACACUGCGAGUUUGUUUACCUGCGGAACUUCUUGCUUCGCCCAGAUCCAUUACGAAGCUUCCGGUCCAAGCAACUAUUGGCACUCAAGGAUGCUUCCAGCCGCCCUGCUGCCGCUACUCCGGCUGCUUGA